AAGAGAUAGAGAUGGAGGAUAGGGGUACCUCCCCUCCCCCUGAUGCACGCCGCCAGAGCACCGCGAUGUCUAAGAAGUUAGCGGAACAUCCAGUGGUGGGGGAGUACCUCAAGGCUUAUGAGGGCAUUGUCAUCUUUAAGGAGAACUUGUCCAGGGUCAUGCAGGACAGAGAGUUCCUCCAGGCUAGUGAGCUGUUGCAGGAAUUGGACUCUGUCAAGUUUGACAUGGAGGGCAAAGUACAGCCCCAACUGGAGAACAUGACCAAAAACGUCUACUAUACUCUGGAGGAGAUAAUGAGUGUACUCAGCAGUAUGUUGUACAUCGAGCGUGAACCCUUAGUGUCCUCACUUAACGGAAUGAUGGUGUCUCGUGACCAGACUCGUAACUCCAUCCAGCAGCUGGAGAGAUCAGCGGACUCGGGGCGGGGUCAGACCGUCACCAGGGGGAGCAACCACUCACUGUCCACCAGGUUCCCCCAAAGUGCCUCGUCAGAGAAGGAGGCCUUCAAGGAGCUACAACAAAACUAUGAGAGAUUGCAACUGCAAUUGAAUGAGGAGUCAAAGAAACAUGAAGAACAAAUGAGACACAACACUGUGGUUAUGAUGGAGAUGCAGGACACCAUUAACGAGUUACAGCGAGAGUUAAAUGCCCUUGGUAGAGCGUCUGGCCAGGAGAGGCCGCCAUCUGACGGAGUCCAGCAGGCUCCACCAGAGUCAGCCAUUAUGUUCACCAGACUGGAUUCUGAGAGGAAUGCCAAAAUCAUGAAGCGGGCGGUCAAUGACGAGAAACUGGAUGUCAAUAAGUACAAGGAUGCUGUAACAACCAUGGAUGAGUAUGUGAGUCUUCCAGCCAAAAGACUGGGUCACCUUGUCAGGAAGUACGUCCAUCACAGCAGGAUGAAGGAGAUCGAAGAACAUGUUAAACAGAGUAAAAGUUUGGAUGAAAAUGUUUUCGAAAUUUUGGACAAAAUGGAAGGUCUGCAGAAUAAGAGAGCUAAGCGUUGGGCAGACAAGAUGGAUGGUAUGGGAUCAGAGCGUCUACGUCUUGCCAAUCUCUUGAUGGAGACAUUAGAUUCUAUAGAGCAGGAAUCUGGGAUAUUCCUCAUCAAACCCAUGUACUCAUACAGGGGGAGUCCACUUGACGUUGAUUAUACUGAAUUGUUGGCAUACACAGUAGGAACACUGAAUUUGGAACGGGAGAUUAAGGAGAGGUACGCCAGUAAACUGAGUCGUCCAACACGCCCACACAGAGUUAUCUCCCCCUCACGAGAGUUCAGCUCUUUCGCCCCCGCCCCCACCCCCGCCUCCAACAUCAGGGGUCUGACUCGACAGAUACAACAAACAAGUGACCCCCCACAGCAGGCGUUUUUCAGGAGGGAGAUUCCCCGCCCCCUUGAGGGGGACGAGACGGGACUGAUGGGGUCCCCUGCACUGGCUAAUUUUAAUACUGCAGUACAACGACAGACAUGGAAUAUGAACACUUCUUUGGCUAGGGGAGACCCUUCUGAUCUGAAUGCCAUGAAUACACCUCGAAUCCUAGAGCUUGAUAUAAACAGAAUGCUGAUUGGCCAAAAUACUAUCAGUUCUAAGUAUGGAUCCCCAGGCCUGACUGAUGACAGGUUGAUAAACGCCUCACAGAACAACUUAAGAUCCUACGUCACUGUCAACCGACCAAUGGUCAACUCCACACGACCAAGGUCAUUUACUGGUACAAAGGAAGUUCCAACGACCACCCCUGUAUCUCGCUCAAUCACCUCCAACAGUGCGGGAAACAAGCGAGUACGACUCAACGAGUCUGAGAUGUCAAACCGACACUCCAUACCCAGCACCCCUCCUUUACCUCCUAUCUCCACCCAAGACACAAUAGAACAGGGACCCUUUAAAGAACCCCCAAGGAGCCCCCCAGGGUCAUCAUUACGAGGGUCUCCUACCCCCAACACCCACAUUAGGGAGGUCAUAUCACCACUGAAAUAGACAAAUAUAGAAAAAAAAACAGACUGAAAUAGACAAAAAAUUGACAAGCAGUUCACAUGUACUAAGCAACAUCUUAAAGCUUGAAUGAAUGGAUCCGAUACUUCUUUUCUCUGUGGAAUUUUGCUGAAAUAUACUUCAGCAAUUACAAUAGAUGCUGGCUUUCUGACAUGAUGGACUAUUUUAGUUGAUGAAGGAUAAUACUUUUUGAGGGUGAAUAGUUUCAUGUGAUUGAUUGAUUUUUUUUACAUGCAUGACCUUCUAGUUAAACUUUUGAAGUGAGUAAUGUGAAAUAGGCAUGGCUAGACUAUGAAUUUUGAAGUUUGUAUUUUGGUUGACACAUUUAGCAACAUUGUUUAUUAGCCUAGUAAUUGAUUAACAUUGACCUUAAAGGUCAAAUAUGAAAAAUCCAGGCUACUUUGUUUUAUUUUGGAAUGGAGUCUUGUUUGCUUGUUUGUUAAAUAUGUUAUUAAUAAAAAACAAAAUAUGCAUAAGAGAACUUAUUCUUGAAAGUUUACAAUAGUGCUAACUAUGUAAAUGUUUUUGG